UCCAUUGUUACCUGUAGGAAACAGGGGGAGCAUGAGUCAAAAAACAAAUAAGCAAUAAAUACCAACAUAAAUAUUGCAUUUGGUUGUAGUAAAGUAGUACUGCUUACCAAGUGAUGAGUACUUUGUGGCCGAAAAUUCGUGAUGAAACGAAUAGAUUCUUCCAGGUUUCCACGACGGUUACCCGUCCGUUCGUUGCUAGGGAACACUGGAACGAACGGUCGUAUUUAUCGUAGUUUUUUCUAACAGGCUCCGCCUACUUCCGUUUGCGACGUCAGACAGACGGGCGCAGUAUUGUGGAGACAUGAAGGUGCGAGGUGAGAAAAGCAAGUCAACAGCUAAGAGAAUGCAAAAUACUGAUGAAAGGAGAGAUGCAGGUGUGAAAGAUGGGGGGGACAGAAGGCCUACUGCUGAGGAUGAUGGUGGCAGGAGAAAGGCUACAGCUAUGUCCAAACAGGAGAUGGUGCACAUGGUAUCCAUUAUGGAAAAAAAAGAUUACGAUUGUAAAAGUGGAGAGUAUUCCAGGCCCAAUACAAGGAAAAAUCAUAUCCUGGAUAUAGUAAUCCACGGGCUUGAGAGGAAGUUUGGCGUUAGCAGAUCGAAAGAUCAGCUCCGCAAAAGGUGGUCAGAUUUAAAACUGAGAGAAAGAGACCAACUGGAAACCAUUAGGCGGAUCAUUAAAAAAAAAGACAAGCGUAAAAAAUUGCUGCAAACCCAUCGCAAUCAUAGACGGUGUGCCUCUUCUUCUGCAUCUUCUUCUAUGCGGAAGCCUCAGAUUCCGGUGCCUGGUGCCAGUGAGAAGGAUGAUGAUGUAGAGACGGACCAUAAUGAGUCUGAUGAGCAUGGUCAUAAGAGCCAGGAAAUAGAAAGCACGGGAAUAGAAAGGCAGGAAAUAGAAAGCAAUGAGCCAGAUAUCGAGCCACAAUCCAGCGAUACCUCAGACGUUAAAGAAAUCCAUGAGGAAACAGUCUGUGACACUGCACCUAGCAGCCCGUGCAUCCUAGUUAGCAGUACAGGUAGGUUUACCAUACUGUGCAUUUGAUUACUACCAAGCAGGCUAGCCAAAAAUAACCAAUACUAUUUUUCACAUUAUAAUACUAUUUGUCACAUUAUUUCACAGAAGAAAGUAUGGCAGCGCAAAAUGUGUUGUACCUUUGUAUUGCGGAACAGCCAGACCUUGAGACUCCAACGGAGAUUUCCAAUACAGAAAUCAACCAAGGGCCAGAUCCGAACAAUCCCAAUGUUGUGGAAGAUAUACAAAAAUGCAAAAUACUGUUGGCAACCAUAAAACAAUCUGUCAAAGUAAUAGAAACAACACUUGAAAGCAUAUGCCAAAAGGUUUGCAAUACUGGUGAAUAGUAUUGUUCUUCUUGUGCCUCUUCUUCAAAGACAAGCGUUGCUAGUAUUUUCAGAUGUUUUCAAAACGCGAUUGCGUUCUAUUCCAAUUUUAUGUUUUUCUUAAAUACAAUACUAUCUCAAAUAAAUAUUUGAAAUAUAUAUAUUUCAAAACAAAUUGGU